UUUCAAUAAAAUGUAAUCUAUUUAUCAUUGAAUCUUAGAACGAAUUUAUAAUUAUUUUCAUCCAUUAGAGAUGUCAAACAAAGGACAUAGCCAAUCAUAGCAACUUGAAGAAAAGUUCUUUAUAAUUUAUACGCGUAAAGUUACUUUAUAUCUUAAAUCAUCUAGCCCUCCCCAAAAUUGCAAGGGUGAAACACAAAAUCAGAGUUUUUUUAAAGUUUUUUCCACAAAAGGAUGUUUUUUGAAAACUUUCUUGAAAUGCAAGGAAAAACAUUAUUAAGUGCAGUGGAAUAAAGUUGACUAAUUAUAGAAUAAAGUCGUGUUUGAAUAUAAAAGUGCAUGGAUAGAGAAAUCAAAUACUAAUCUUUAUAUUGGUUCGGCCAACCUGGCUACAUCCAGUGUCCAUCCAAUCACAGGACGCAAAUGCACAAUAAUGAUCAAGGUUUUUACAACAAGGCUUUUAUAGCGACCACAUGUCAAAAAUAUAAAACACUUCUCUAACCCUCUAAUCAAAAUAUAGGCAUAUAACAACAAAGACCAGCAACAAGAAUCCCCUCUCCUACUGUCUUCAACCCUUUGAGCAAUCCCCCAAAGUCAAGAACACCACAUGUCCUUCUUCCUGUAAUCACAACAGGGCAACACACCAAUCUUCAAAAGAUUGAAAUCCUCAUCACGAAGUAGACAUCUUAAAGUGCAGAUUGAUCAGACUAUCAAAGCACACAAUUCUUGUCCUUCAAGAAACCACAAAAGAUGAACACCAUGAUCUUCUUUUUGAUUCUUGGAGCUUUACCACGUUCUGUAAGAGAUCACAAGUCUGAAAGAAAUUACACAAACCGUUAGAAUCACUAUCACUUCUUAUAGAAUUCAAAUUCGCGUCUAUUUAUAGUUUUUCACAAUUCUGACGCUCUCAAGUCAACUUAGUUACUAAUGCAGUCGAAUGUACUAUGACAGUUAUAACAAAUAGUAGCAGUCAAAGCAAAUAAUUGAUUACAUGUUAGGAAACUACUUGUAGUUAGGAAGAAGUCUAUAUAAAAGGGGUUGGGGUGCUUUGGGAGUAGUUAGUUUUGGAGUCUUAUUGUUGUGCGGGAACUCUUGGAGUCCUUUAGGGAGAGGUUAAGCUCUCUGAGUACCUUGUAUUCACCACUUUCUUGAUUCUUUUGCAAUAAAAGGAGGUUGUACAAUUCAGAGGAAUUGUUCUGUGUUGUGUUUCGAGUGUUUUUCAUAGGUUCUUGAUUAAAAGAACCUAUCAUUUGGUUCGACCUGCCGAAUCGAAAGGGAGGUUGACAGAAAUGACGAGCAACACCGAGGGAAGGUUGGAGAAUCUUGAAAUUACGGUAGAAGGGAUUAAGGCUGAAACCGCUGCGAUACGACGGGACAUGCAGCAAAUAAUGAGGGUUCUCGGGACGCAGUCGAACCACCACGACGGGCAAUUCGACGAUAGCUCUGUUAAUAAGAAUCAGCGGCGGGGAGAGGAGGAAGACAGAGGAAGAGGGGUUGGAAAUCAACCAGAGGGGCAGAAACAGUGGCAGAAACAGGUGACGCUACCCAUCUUCGAGGGGAUCGAUCCCCUGAACUGGAUCCAUCACGCAGAGAUAUUUUUCGAACUUCGAGGAGCAGCGGAGGAGGAGAAAGUGUGACUCGCGUGCAUGAGCAUGGAGGGCAGUGCGGGUUUCUGGGUCAGAGUCUGGAAGGAGAAAGCCAACGAUCGUUCUUGGGAUGGUUUGAAGGAAGCCAUGGUAAUAAGGUUCGAAACAGUCAAUGAGCGAUCGACGAUAUUCAAACGGAAUGGGGCGGUGGAUGAGUUUGUACAAGACCCCAAUAUUUUGGAGGACCGAACGAAGAAGGUGGCGGAUGAGCAGCUGUUGGUAGAGAGUGGAGCAGGACCGAACGGUAUUGGAAGACCGAACGAUAUGAAUGGGUCAGAGGCCAGUCUUAGACCGAACGGUCUGGACAACAGAAACCGAACGGUGAGGAAUUUACCUUACCCAAAAUUUCUGAAAAGAUGGAGUUUACGCGUUAAGCUUCUAGCGGAAGAUGAGGAAGAUGACAUAGGUGACGGGGAAGAACAGGAGACAAAACCCAUGGAGUUUUUGGUGUGGUCGGUGGAAGGGCUGACGCCUCCCAAAACCAUGAAAUGGACAGGAUUAAUUGGGGAAAGUCGAGUGGUGGUCCUCAUCGAUAGCGGGGCCAGCCACAACUUCAUUAGUCGAAAAGUGGUAGAGGAAUUGGAGCUUCCAGUCGUUGUCACACCGUCGCAUACAGUGAGCCUCGGUGAUGGACAUAAAAUGGUGACGAGCGGACGAUGGGAGAAAAUUCAAAUACGUUUGGGAGACGCCACGGUGGAGGAAGAACUAUAUGUUUUUGAGCUUGCGGGAGUAGAUGUAAUCUUGGGAAUUGCAUGGCUAGCGAAGGUUGGGAAGCUCAUGAUUAAUUGGGGGGAAAUGUCCAUGGAAUAUAUGUUGAAGGGUAAGAAGGUAACAAUAAAGGAGGAUCCAGCACUUUCCCACCAGCUGGAGGAACCCAAGGCAUUGUUGAAGUUAGUGGAGGUUGAGUCAUGGGUACUUGUUUGGGAUUGGGGGAAAGUGGAGCAGGAGGAAUGCGAUGAGUGGAGGGGAGAUUUGACAGCGAAACAGAAAGUGGAAUUAUGGUCAGUGUUGCAGACCCACUAUCUUGGGUUUCGGGAGAGAGAAAGCUUACCCCCACUUCCUAAUAUAAAGCAUGUUUACAGAAAAAAAUUCAAGACUUGGAAAUUGGGUUUGAUAGAGAGAAAAAGAAGUAUGGCCAGAAGAUAUCUUGAGACUGGCGGUGGGAGACCCAAGAACAACCCAACAGAGGAAAACUACAUUGCGCAUGAGUCUUCGAAUAUUCAUGAAGUUGAUACCCAUUGGACAUCAUGGCUGGUUCCUAUGUGGUGGUUGCUAAUAUUGUUGUUUUUUGUUAUUUCCAUGGACCUCAACAAUUGUCUCAAAAAUAACUUCGGUCCCCAAUGUGGCUGCGUGGCUAAGUUCCUUGGAGGAUUCUCUUUCGAACCUAUGCAGGAGAAUUGGUUCUCUUUUGAAGCUAUGCAGGAGAACUCAUUGCUAUCAUUGACUGAGAUGGGAGCCCUUGGGUGGGACAGUGCUGGGAACGGGCAUCAAGGAUGGAGACUGGACACUUGCAUGUUAUACUAGGGAUGACAACGGGUCGGGUUCGGGUCGGAUAGUGUGAUACCCGAACCCGACCCGAAUGUAAAAAAAUGUACCCGUACCCGCCCCGUUACCCGCCGGAUACCCGCACACAAAAAAUCCGCGGAUUUUUUUCAA